GGUCCUCUUCCCUUCCCCGUAUGUAUGCGGCCACGGCUCGGUGCCCGAGCGGUCCGCCUGACGUGCCUGUGAUCGGCGUGCCUCUGCCGUACCCCCUGCCUCCGGUGCCCUACGGCCCUUCCGACACGGUGUAAACCAUGGACGGUCCACACAACGUGCUCAUCAACGACGUGCACACCGGGGCGAUGGCGGCUCUCAAUGCCGCCCUCGCUCCUCAGCGAUCGCUGGCUGCUCUGCUAACGCACCUGCUGCCGCUGGUCGAGCACAACGACGGCAAAGACCCCGCCCCCUCCCCCCUCUCAUGCGGCCCACACGAGGCAGAGGCCAUCGGCUGGAAGAUCACCGCCAUGUGCUUCAACAUGCGGGCCGCCAAUGAGACCAUCACGAGCACACUGACCAUUCGCAAUAGCGUCAUGGGCGACCGUGUGUGUGCGGCCGUCGAGCACUUCGUCAAGUCGGCUUUAUAUGCGAGCAGCAACAGGGAGGUGGUGGGCGGGGCGUCCAAUGUGGGCGGCGUGACGAUGCGGGUGCCGCUGCAGUGCUUCGCCAUCAGGGCCGACAGCUGCCCACACCAGGUGGUCCACACACAUGGGCGUGUGGGUGUGCGUGAGGUGGUCCACAGGGCUCGGCUGGACGAGGCGGCCCGACACGACAUAGAGGAGGGGGCCAUCGACAAGGGCUUCAACGAGCAUUUGGGCAAUGCCGACUGUGAGUUCGGUGAGUGGCAGCAGCUGGGCCGCAUCGACGAGCGGGGCCAGUGGGUGAUACUCGGCAUCAACUGACUCACUCGACUGACUGGUGGUUUAGAAGUAGAGAGACGGAGCUUGGGGGUUGUGGGUGUGGGGCAUUUUAAGCUGCCGAAUGUGUGGCUGGCAGUAGCUGAGUGGUGCAAUUAAGAACCAGAGAGUGAGAGAUAGAGUGACGGACGGAGAAGGGUCCAUUAUCCAUGUGUGUGAAGAGGAGAAUUUUUGCCGUGUUUGUCUUAGCUUAGCUGUGUGAUUUCUGCCUCGACUUAGUGGAUGAAUGGACCAACCGUGCUGCAUGACUUGGCGUAUUAGUGGAUUGCCAUGGUGGUCCACAUCUGCGUACACAUCCCAUUACUAUGUUUGCAGAGUAUCCGUCAUGCAGGCAGGCAGCCAGUCAAUCGUCCAUUCAACCAUGUCACCGACAAUUUUGGCUCCUGCAUGAUCCAUCCCAAGAUGGAUGCAUCAGUCUGUGAGUCUGUGAAUCUACAUGUUGAG